UUGCACAUAUUAAAAUAAUAUUAAAUUAUAAAUUAGUAUAAUUUAAUGUUUCAAGUAUGCAAUAAAAAUACCUACAGACUUUUAUAAAAAAAACAUUUUGAAAGAAAAUUAAAUAUAUUUACCUAACGGCGUUAUUUAAUUUAUAUCGACGGCUUACAAUCGUAUUGCGCAGGUCUCUGAUAUUAUGGUCUAGAGAUAUUGAAUUGGUUCAAAUUAAAAAAUGCAAUUUCAUAAUGAGGAUUUUGUGCUUUUGUUUUUUUCGGUAUUAAAAGAAAAAUAAAUAUUUCGAGUAUAUGUAUGUAAGAUCGUUUUAUGGACAUAUAAUAAAUAAAUUAAUGUGCGUUGGAAUACAAAAGUUCUGAACGUCUGAACAAAAUGCAAAUGUAGUUUACAGCAGAACAAAACGAGAGAGAAAAAACAAAAGAAAAAAAAAAAACAGAAAAAAACUAUACAUAAAAAAGAAAGAUAAUAAUUGAAAAUAAUCCACGACCACGACCACGACAAUGGAUAAAAAGGGUUCAACUUCACAUCCACGUAUUCUGAAGAAGAAACAUUUUCGGGUUAAGCAUCAAAAGGUGAAACUUUUUCGUGCUAAUGAACCAAUACUCAGUGUAUUUAUGUGGGGCAUAAAUCAUACAAUUAAUGAACUGAGUCAUGUAAAUAUACCUGUGAUGCUUUUGCCCGAUGACUUUCGGGCGUAUUCCAAAAUAAAAGUCGAUAAUCAUUUGUUCAAUAAGGAGAACAUGCCCUCACACUUUAAGGUUAAGGAAUAUUGUCCUUUAGUGUUCCGGAAUCUGCGUGAGCGCUUCGGAGUCGAUGAUGUAGAUUAUCGUGAAUCUCUAACCCGCUCGCAGCCAGUGCGCAUUGAAUCGUCUGGCAAGUCAGCAGCUCAGUUCUACGAAAGCUACAACAGCUUCUUCAUUAUAAAAAGUCUAACUUCCGAAGAGAUUGAGCGAAUGCAUGCAUUUCUUAAACAGUAUCAUCCAUACGUCGUGGAACGUCAUGGCAACACCCUGUUACCACAAUAUUUAGGCAUGUACAGAAUUACUGUAGAAAGCGUACAAUAUUACUUUGUGGUAAUGCGUAACGUAUUCAGUUCUCAUUUGACCAUACACAAAAAGUUCGAUUUGAAGGGCAGCACUGUCGAUCGCGAAGCGUCCGAAAAGGAAUUGGAAAAGCAUUUACCCACUUACAAGGACAAUGACUUUAUGAAACAAAAAGUACGCAUUGAAAUUGGGGAGGGGGCCAAGGCCAAACUAAUGGAUGUUUUAAGCAAUGACGUUGAACUGCUCACAAAACUUCACAUUAUGGACUAUUCGCUACUGGUGGGCAUACACGAUUGUGUACGAGCCGAGGAAGAAGCUUUACAGACUGAAAACUGUCAGAGUGGCGGUGCGGGUCGUAGCGAAAACAGCGAAAGUGAAGAAUGCGAUAGUGGCGAACGGUGGACUUAUAAUACACCUCCCGACUCGCCCAGAGGUGCCCAGUAUAAGGAAGUUGUCUACGAGGUUGACAUGUAUGCCAUUCCAAGUAUUGAAGAAAAGCGAGAAAUAUAUUUCAUCGCAAUAAUCGAUGUCCUCACUCAGUAUGGUGUUAAGAAACAGGCUGCCAAAGCUGCCAAGACGGUCAAGUAUGGCAGUAAUGUUGAUGGCAUUUCAACCUGUGAUCCAGAACAGUACGCCAAAAGAUUUCUUGAAUUCAUGGAUAAAGCCAUAGAAUAAAUUAUAAUAUUUAACCUAACCGCAAUAUUUAUAACCAUUUACUACUAUAUUAUUAAAAACAAAAAAUAAUAAUAAUAAAACAUAAAUAAACUAUAUAAUGAGGAUGCUAAAGUUGUUACUUAAACAAUUAUCAACAAUCUCUUGAGAAGACACCCGUUGACGAUAUAGCACCAGAUUCAACACCGCUGCCAAUCUAACACUAAAACACUUUUGCGGAUGGUU